AUGGAUUUUAAGAGCUGGAACAAAAAAACUAGCCUGGAAACACAUGUUGGUAAGAUUAAUAGCAUCCAUAAUCAGGCAAAAAGAAAAUGUGAGGAUCUAAUGCGGCAAGAACAAUCUAUUCAUGCAUCAAUUGAGAAACAAUCUAGUAAAGAUAAGCAUGGAUAUCGCAUUCGAUUGGCAACUUCGAUUGAUGUAGCAAGGUUUCUCGUAAGACAAGGAUUGACAUUUCGAGAUCAUGAUGAAUUUAAGUCAUCACUUAAUAGAGCCAAGAGAAGGUUGCAAGAGUUGAGGAAAGAUAAUAAAUGGGAUUUAUUUGUUUCUGAGGUGUCUACAUUUUGUAUCAAGCAUAACACUGUAGUACCUGCUUUUGAUGAGUUGUAUGUUAACUUUGGAAGAUCACGGCGUAAACCUGCUGACUAUACUAAAUUGCAAGAACUUAAUGAUUAUUUCAAUGAGGUGACAACUGAGUUGCUUCAUGGUGUUGCUUGUUUUAAUACGGUAGACUCAUUUUCAAGUUUUGACAUUCAGAAAAUAAUGAGAAUGACUGAAUUAUAUCCUGAUGACUUUGAUGAACUUAAUAUGUGUGUACUUAAGAAUCAUCUUGCAAAUUACAUUAUUGAUGUUCGUGACAUCGAUAAAAGAAAAAAAAAACAUUCAUGUUAUCCUCUUGUAUUUCGUUUGGUGAAAUUUGCAUUGCUUCUGCCAGUUGCUACUGCAUCUGUUGAAAGAGCCUUUUCAGCAAUGAAGUUUAUUAAGAAUGAGUUAUGA